AUGAAUGUUCCGGUUGCUACUGAACGCAAAUCAUUUUUACCCUUACGAACACGAACAAAUACAGUUGUAGAAUCUAGAAGUAUACCUAUUGUAUCUCGUCGAGCAACAACUGUUACGCCGCCAAUGCCAUUGGCUGUGCAUAAUGACACUAAAUCAUCAUUUACAGUUGGCGAUCGUGUAAUAAUAAAUGGACUUAAAAGUGGAAUACUUCGUUAUAUAGGUGCAGUAAAAUUUGCUCAAGGAUUAUUUUGUGGGGUUGAACUCGAUGAACCCGACGGUAAACAUGACGGACAAGUGAACGAUAUUCGAUAUUUUCACUGUAAAACAAAUUGUGGAAUAUUUGUACCACAUGAUAAAGUUGUUUUAGCACCACAAAAACGAACAUUGACAUCACAACGAACAAUUAGUCGUUUAAAACCUCCAACAACCAUGACACGUUCAUUUACACUUCCAACACCAAUACAUGAUGAAAUUGAACAAAUUCAAAUAAGAACUUCUCAAACAUCUGCUCAUUUACCAGAUAUUAUUCCAAAUUCGACAAAUUCUAUUCAAUCAAUAACAAAAAUCGAGACAAUUAAUGAAUCAAUAAUUUCUGAUAAUCAUGACAUUAAUAAAUCAACAUCAGAAACAAAAAUCAUCAUUGAAUCUAAAUCCAUAACAACUGAUGAACCUUCAGAAACUAUUGAAGCUGAUUUUACAGAUAGUGUAUCAUUAAUUUUACAUCAACUUCAACAAGAACAAAAAACUUUCUUUGAUCAGCCAUCGGUUUCAAUAACAACCAGUGAAGGGGCAAUUGAUGAUGAUGAUGAUGAUGAUGAUGAUGAUGACGAUGAAUUAGACACUGAAAGUAUUAAUGAAUCAGUAAUGAGCGAACAAAUACAAUCUGCUCAUCGUUUAUCUUCUAUGAUUAAUUUAACAAAAUCUAUCCAAACAGAUUUAUCAUUUGAUAUAAAUGAUAAUAUAACAUUUGUUAAAAAUAAUUUAUCAAAUGCUAAACCGCCAUCAAAUUCAAAUAAACAAUUAAGUAAUUCAACAAAAUCGAUCGAUAAAUCUAAAAUAAACACUCAAGAUAAUAAAGUUAAUGCUUUUAUGAGAAAAGCAAGUAUACCAACUCCUGUUUUAGGAGCCACAAAAGAUUUUCAACGAAAAUCAUCUAUCCCACUAACGAACAGUUUAAAUGCUCUUCCAAAAACAACAUUAAUACCACCAAAAAAGAAACUUUCAUCCAUGAACAAAGUAAACUCAACAACAUCAUUAGGAUCACAAUUGAGUAUAAUUUCUUUUUUUAAUCAUACAUUUAUUAUUAUGAUCAAGUGUUUCUAUUUAGAACUCAAUCAAUCCGUUUCACCAUCGACUUCCGUUACUAGUAGUCAAUCCGAUUUAACAUCUAAUCAACAAAAUAAAUCGAAAAUUCCUUCAAAACCAAAAUCAGGUACAACUCGAGCAAUAUCUCAUUCGAUUGAUGCUACUUUAGACAAAAAAUCUAAUCAUUCUUGUCAUAGUCUUGAUGUAGCUGAUAAUCAAUUAAUCAUGGAAAAAAUUGUUUAUCAAUCACUUGAAGUUACUAACGAACGUUUAAAAAAACAAUAUCAACAAUUACUUAAUCAUUUUGACCUUAUGUAUAUUUUAAGUCAAUAUUACAUGACCGAAAAUGAAAAAAUCAAAAAUCAAUAUGAAUUAAAACUAUCGAAAAUUCAAAUAGUACAUAGUCAAUUAAAAAUUUUCAUCGAACAAUUACAAACAUCUUUUAAAAAUGAAUUAGCUACAUUGAAUGAACAACAUCAAAAUCAAAUUAAUAUAAUGAAAGAAACUUCGAAGGAAAAAUCUAUUGAAUAUCAACAACAGAUUGAUAAACUAUUGAACGAAAAAAUUGAAUUAGAAACUCGUUGUACAUCAUUACAAGAACAAGUUGAUAGAUUUAUGGAAGAAAUGGCAAAUAGUGAACAUGCUGAUCCUUUAUUACGUCGUGUUGAAACACUUGAAAAAGAUAAAGCAAGUUUACAAACAGCACUUGAAAUAAAAAAUCAAGAACUAACACAAUUAAGAACUAAAUUUAAUGAACAAGUAUUUCAACGUGAGGAUCAAUUAGCAUUACAAAAACGAAUUGAUAUGGCUGAAAAUCGAAAUCAAGAUCUUGUAUGUCUUCUACGAAAUUGGCAAUUAAACGAAAAAGCAACUGUUGUUGAACGUGAUCAACUAAAGGAACUAUUAGCACAAUUAGAACGAGAUAAACGACAAUUAAUAUUUGAAAAUGAAACAUUACUUUAUAGUCUUCGUCAACGAUCAUCAUCAACGUCAUUAACAUCAACAUCAAAAUCGAACUUUAAUACGUGUUCUACACAAAAAGUUCGUGAUCGAGUACAUAGUUUUUCAUCAAUAAUAACAACAAAUACUCCUAAGAAGGGGCGUCUUACACGCUCAUUAUCAUUGAACUGUAUUUUAAAUCGUUCACCAACGAGUAGUACAUCUCGUUUUUAUGAUCAUCUAAAUACCAAUCACAUUUUAUCAGUUCAACGUCUUCGAAAAGAGGAACGUGAUCUUGAUGUUGACGAAGAAAAUUGGUUUAAUGAUGAUAUAGAUGAAAAUAAAAUUUCCUCACUUAAUCAUGGUACACUAUUUAACGAUGGUUCGGACGAUGACGAUAGUCAACCAGAAAUAGCUAGUGCAAUAUCAACCGGUGAACCAUCAAGAACUCAUCAUUCUUUAUCGGAUAAUGAUGAUGAUGACGAUCUGUCACCAUCAUCACAUGCUCAUUAUAAUAAACCUGUUAUUAGUAUUCAUAUUGGACGUUCACCGAUGCCGUCAUCAUCAUCGACUACCGAUCUUCCACUUGAUACAUCUUCUCCUACAUCAUCACAAAUAGUUGAAGCUUCAUCUCCAUACGCGAUGAGUCCAGCUUUAUCGAGUAUUGCUGAUCAAUAUAAUGAUGAUGACGAUGAUGAAGAAGAAGAAGAAGACGAAGACGAAGAAGAAGAAGAAGAAGAAGAAGAGCCAGAAGAUGACGAAGAAGAAAAUAACAGUGAUUCAUAUUCAAUACUAAAAAAACGUAAAUUAGAUAAUAAUGAUCAUGAACGAAAUAAAGUUUUCAAACCAAAUAGUGAUCAAUCAUAA